GAGUCUCUGCACCUCGGGAACUUGUUGGUGAAGUACGGAUACAUCUAUCCCCUGAAAGACCCCAGGAACCUCAUACUGAGAGCAGAUGAUUCCCCGUACAGAUUCCAGACUCCAUACUUCUGGACAACCAACAAAUGGCCUGCUACAGAACUGGACUAUGCAAUUUAUCUGGCAAAGAAAAACAUCAGAAAACAAGGAGAUUUGGUGGAGUAUGAGAAGGAUAACUACAAUCAGCUGCACAAACGAAUCAACCACACGUGGGACUUUGUGGUGAUGCAAGCACGGGAGCAGCUCAGGGCCGCCAAGCAGCGCCGAAAAGGAGAUCGGAUCGUCAUUGAAUGCCAAGAACAGGCGUACUGGCUCGUCAGCAAGCCAUCGCCCGGGUGUUUGAAUGUGAUGGAACACGGUCCAGAAAGAGGAAGCUGCUACACGGGAAGAAUGCAGCUUGGAAAGAAUGCUGAUUACUACAAAAGAGAGGUA